AUGGGAAAGCAAUACAUCUCCACCGUCACAGCCUCAAAUGCCCACCGACUGGACAUUCUGGGCGUUGUCAUGACAAGCAAAUACACAAUCACCGUCUCCAGUGAUGGUUACGCUGCCUUUUGGGACAACCAGGUUGAUGAGGUUCAUAAUCCAGAAGAUCAUGUGGUAAGACAACUAAUCAAUCCAAUUGGUAUACAUCAUGUUGCUGUAUUUGAAGACGUGCCCCCAGGACUGACUACCAAGGUCAUGUUGAUGGCAUUUGCAUGCUUCGAUGGCUCGGUGAAAUUCUUCUCUAUCAAAAAUACGGAUAUGGCUACAUUCCUGGCAGUCGAGACCGGCAAUCUUUUUGCGAGCGACUGUUGGUGUCCUGGGUUCUAUAAAGAUCCGACAUCCGCGCAGCAUUUCUUCGUCGUGACGAAGGCAAACGGCAAGACUGGCGUUUAUAACCUUGACCUCAUUGUCGAUGGCGAGAAGGUCGACAUUGCAUUGAACACCCUUGUGGGCGAACUCAACUCAUCAAACAACUUCUCCUCAUUUCCCGGUGCCUUGGCUGUUUCUUCAGAAGGCUUGUGCGCCAUUGGAUACACUAUGGGAGACGUUGUUGUGUACAAUCUCAAGGGCUUGAAGCAGCUCUUCACAUUCCAUUCCACGGAUCUUCAAGUGAAGGUCGGUGUAGGCUCUACAUCUGUUCCGCGUGUGAUCGAAUUUUCUCCGGGUGGAUCUAUUCUAGUUGUAGCCAGAGACAACCAGUCUGCUGGGUCUAUUACGCUAUAUGACAUUAAAUACGGUGAGAACAUCGGAUCAUUGACUACGCUGACGCAUUCAGCAAAAACCACAAUCGGUGGGUUUGCACAUGAGAGCUGGAUCAUGGGUCUCAGUUUCAACGCCGACGGAACCCUUUUGGCUUCCUCCGGCUUCGACAAGUGUGUUAGAGUUUGGAGCAUGGAGCUGCGUGAGCGCGAGGCCACUUUUCAAAUUAGCUUGUCAGAUUUGGAAACCACCGAAGGAUGCGAUGACUCCGAUAUAAGUGUGUGCAGUGGAGUAUCGUUCAUCGACAAGGGUGUUCGUGGAGGCCUUGGAGGCGAUAUCAACGAAGGAUUGUGUGUGGUUAGUUUUGACAGAGGUAUUAGAUGGUACAGAGAAGCUGGUGGAGUGUAA